AAUCCGUUUGGUUGUUUGACCUACCGGAUUCUGCUUUUAAACUGCACUGCAGGUUCAGCAAGGCUUCCGUUCGCAGGAUUGCUAGUCUUCUAGACGGUUCACUUCGAAGGGUAAACCGUCGUGGAAGUACGGUACAACCUGCAGACAUGGUUGCCGUUGCUCUGAACCAGUUGUGUGGUGUUUCAUUUCAGAGAACGAACGGUCUUGCAAGUGGAGGUCUAUCCCAGAACGCCUCUCGGGUAAUUACUUCUAGGGUUGUAGAAGCAUUGGUGACAGUUCAUCAUGAGUGGAUCCGAUUCCCAACUGUCAACGAGAUGAGGGAAACUUCGCUCAGGUUUUUCCGCAAGUUUGGCCUACCUGAUAUAUUCGGGGCUGUGGAUGGAUGUCAUAUGCGCUUUGAAAAGGCACCCCAGGGUCUACCCCAGGGCCAGAGGUCGGACGAUUAUAUCUGCAGGAAGGGAUUCCAUUCUCUUAACGUCCAAAUAUGUUCCAACGACAAGGUGAUAUAUGAUGUUGAUGCAGGUUGGCCGGGUAGUGUUCAUGAUGCUCGAGUCUUCAGGACUAGUAGACUAAGAGAUUUUUUGGAAAGGGACCAGUCUAGGUACAUGAUUGCAGCGGAUAGUGCCUAUCCAAUAUCUCUUAAGGUGAUGAAGCAUUAUGAACGUCCGACCAUACAGAUGCAUCAUACAUUCAAUCGUAGGUUGAACGGCCUCCGAACUGUGUCUUCUGAGAAUGUGUAUGGUCGUCUCAAGCAGAGAUUCCCCAUUCUGCGACAACUCAGAAUGUUUCUAGUUUCUUCCCAGAAGGUUGUGCUAGCAUGUUGUGUCCUACACAACAUGUCUGAGGCGUUCAAGGAUGUUGUCCCAGCGCUAGGUAUAGUACCCGCUCAUCUACUGGAUGAUGACGCCGGUGAUGAAGAUGAAGAUGAGGAUGAUAAUGAUGAUGGUGAACGGCUGACUCUGGCUCGUGCGCACAGAGAUACUUAUGCCAACAAUUUCUACGCUGCUUACCGAAAUGCUAAUCAGUAAAGGAAUUCAGACUUAUUUUGAAAAUUAAAA